AAAGGAAUGGACAAAUUUGAAACACAAGAAAGCAAGAAGAAAACACAACCCACCCAUAUGAAUUGAAAGCUAACCAAAGCAAUCACCACUCACUUUCUUUUUCUCCUUUAUUACUUUGCUCUUUCCAUUUACUAUUAUUGAAUUAAUCAUUUUUGGAGCUAAGCAAUUAACAAAAUUAUGCAAACUCUCUUCUUGUUGUUCUACAAUCUUUCAAGCUCUUCAUUUCUUCUCCUUAUUUUCCUCUAUUUCUUCUCUACUUUUCUUCUUAAAUUUCUUAACUUCAUUGGCAGCUAUCCAAUCUUUCAAAGAAAUAACCAAAAUGGAUAUGAGUAUGGUAUGUUUUCCGACGAGGACGAAGAGGAAGAAGAAGACGGACGAAUAGAGAAUGAAACGUAUUACUAUAACACUGAUGCUAGAGAAAAAGAUGAUCAUCUUGUUGCCGACAUUAUUCAUGGCGGGGAUUCGAUUGUGUUCUUGCAGCCUAAUAAUAAUAGUCACGCUCAAGUUCAAGAUUUCAUAAAACCCGAAGAGGAGGACGAGGAUGAGGAAGACGAAGAUGACGAGACUAGUUUUGGUAGUAAUGAUGAACCACUUUCUAAUAUUGCAUCAGCAGGUUCGGAAUCCGAACAAAAUCAUGAUUCGGAUAUGGUUGACGGAAAAGAAGAAGAAGAAGACAGUACUAGUGAUUCAGUCCAAGAUUCUGCGCGCGAUCAUUUCAGCCCCACCUCCACAUGCCGACAGAAAACUAGAAAUUUGCUUGAUGACAGUGACGACAACUAUGGCGAAAAGUACGGAAUGAAUCAAGAGAUCGGACAUAAUAAUAAGAAGAUCGAAGAUGGAAGGUUUAUUAUUUUCGCGCGAACCCAACUCGAGUCGAAGAAACUUGAUGCUCAAGAAAAGGAUGAUGAUGACAAUGAAGAAAUAUUUGGUGAUUCCUACACUGUAGGAUCUACAUCAAAGAGUUCAUCUGAAUGGAGAAGCUCGAUUAAGGAUUCGGGUACAGAAGAUCCAUUUUCUUCUUCAUCUCGAAGAAGUUGCCCCAAAUGGGAAUCCUACACAGUUUUCCAAAAAUAUGAUGAGGAGAUGAUGUUUCUCGACAGAAUCAGUGCUCAAAAGCUUCAUGAAACAGAGUCGCUCAGGUCUAUCCAAGUGAAUCCAAGGUCAAUUUCGGACAGAAUUGUGCAUAAGAUCACAACUUUAAACAAGAAGCCAGCAGACCACAUUCGCCAAAAUCCAUAUCAUGAACUAGAAGCUACUUAUGUAGCUCAACUAUGUUGGACAUGGGAGGCUUUCAACUGGAACUACAAGAACUUCCAACGUAAAAGAGCUUCGCGACAGCGCGACGAAUUUGAUCCCGGUUGUCCCGCUCGUAUCGCGCAACAGUUUCAGCAAUUUCAAGUUCUUUUGCAGAGAUAUAUAGAAAAUGAGCCUUAUGAGCAAGGCCGGAGACCUGAGGUGUAUGCUAGGAUGAGACUUCUGGCUCCAAAGUUGCUUCUAGUCCCAGAAUAUAGAGAUUCAGAAGAUGAUCAAAAGGAAGAAGGAUUUGGCUCUAAAAUUUCAUCACCAGCAUUUCUGAUGAUAAUGGAAGAAGGAAUUCAAACAUUCAUGGAAUUUCUAAAGGCUGAUAAGCAGAAACCAUGUCAAAUUCUAACAUCUUUUUUCAAGAGAAACAGAAGAGGAUCAGUUGAUCCUACCCUUCUCCAACUUAUCAAGAAAGUUAACAAAAAAAAGAAAAUGAAGCUAAAAGAUAUGCGGCGAGCUCGAAAAUGCAUAAGGAAAAGAAAAUUGAGUGUAGAGGAAGAGAUGGAAAUUUUGAUGGGAUUAAUAGACCUAAAAGUAGUGUCUAGGGUCUUAAGAAUGAGUGAUUUGAGUGAACAACAAAUGCAUUGGUGUGAAGAGAAAAUGAGCAAAGUGAGAGUUUCAGAUGGCAAACUUCAAAGAGAUUCCUCACCAAUUUUCUUUCCUGCACAAUGACUCACCACAAUAAUAUAGUGUAGGAAAAGAUUGGAGAUAUGGAAUCUAAUGAAAUAAGGAGAAGACUAAAGAGAAUGAUUGGGAUAAUAUUGAACAUUGAAAGUGAAAAGGAGGAGCACAUACAAAGCAAAGAACAAGAAGAUAGAGACAAGGGUAGCUUUAGUUUACUUUAAUACCUUUUUUUUUGUUUAUUUUGAUUAGGGUUUUUAUCUUAUAAUGGAAUUUAUGUAUGAAUAAUCAAAAGAAGAGAAAUUAAAGGGCAAAGCUGUUCCACAUGUAGCUUAAUAAAAAGAAAAGAAAAGUAGAAGUAGCACAUGGUAUGAAGCUAGUGUAAGGUUUAUUAAUGGUGGGGCAAGAAGUAAUAAAAGAAAGCAAAUGAAUGAAUAAUAAGUAUUUCUAUCUUGGAAAAGGAGGAGAGUUCUUUUAUUCUAAGUAUAUAAUGCUAAUCUCUAGUUGGGAUUAUGAUCAUUAAUUAGUUUUAUCUUUUUCAAAAUUAAUGUAUUGACCCAUAAAAGAUAAAUUAACUAUUUUCAUUUAGUUAUUAA